GCCGGAAGGCCCAGGCCGGGGCGAGAGGCUCUAGCCCCAGGCCAGGCGCUCAGUCCCCAGGGUAGCAGAGAGGGCACCGCGGGAUCGGCGGGACACCAUCAGAAUUUGAAUUAUGUCCAUUACCUAUUAGGCAUUUUAUAAAUAUUUUUUAAAAAGAAAGAAAGAAAAAACACUAUGUCUGAUGAAGUUUUUAGCACAACUUUGGCUUAUACAAAGAGUCCAAAAGUCACGAAAAGAACUACUUUCCAGGAUGAGCUAAUAAAAGCAAUUACAGCCCGCUCAGCCAGGCAAAGAAGUUCCGAGUACUCCGAUGACUUUGACAGUGAUGAGAUUGUUUCCUUAGGUGAUUUUUCCGAUACCUCAGUAGAUGAAAAUUCAGAUAAGAAAAAAAUGAAUGAUUUCCAUUUAUCAGAUGAUGAAGAAAAGAAUUCUCCAAAAUUGUCUUUUUUGAAAACCAAGAAAUCAAACACUGACAUGAUGAAAGACCAGCCAGAAUUCUCCACCAAAAGUGCUGAGGACAUGGCACCUGCUGGUUGUGAGGAUGUGGUGCGAGUGCCCUUGUCUGAAUCUCAAAGUGAAGAGCAGGAAAUUGGAAAAGAUAAAAUUAAAAUGAAACCUAAACCCAGAAUUCUUCCAGUCAAAAGCACCCCUUCAGAACGCAGUAGUAGCCUUGAAGCAGGCAACCACUUCAAGCCUUUACCUCGGCCACGGACCAUGUUGAAAACACACAGCCACAGGGAGGAGAAAGAAGGGCCAGGAGAAGGUGAAACAACUGCCCUCCGUGAAGAAUUGGAGGCACAUUCUGCAUCUUCCCCCCUCCCAGCGCUAGAUGACAGACAACUAGAAGCUGAGAAAAAAACAUUCUCCGAAAACCUAGAUCCUGAGGAUCCAUGGUUAACAAGUUUAUCAUCAUCAUCCCUUAAAGAAAGUCUUGGAGAUUCCUUAUCACCAGGAUCUGGGGAAAAAGCUUCCAUCCUAGAUCAGAAUGAAGAACUUACUGGGAACCACAAUUCCUUGAAAUCAAAUGAAAAUGAAGAGAAUUCAUUUUUGAUAGACUUUGUUACUACUACACAUGAGAAAUCCAAGGACAGUCAAGUGAUUGCUGAUGACCUUGUAGAAGAAAAGGAGAAAGCUGAACUGCUUAUAAAUGACUUGACAGUUGACCUACCACUGUUGAAAUCUCAGAGUAUCGUAAUAUCCACUGAUGCAACCGCAUCUUCAAAGAAAACUAUUGAAGACAGAAAUAUGAAGAAUAAAAAGUCAACAAAUAAUAGAGCAUCCAGUGCAUCUGGCAGAUUAAUGACCUCUGAGUUUUUAAAGAAAUCUAGUUCCAUAAGAAGACCUCCGUCAGCAACUACCUCUUCUCACUAUUUAGGGACUUUGAAAGUCUUGGACCAAAAGCCCUCACAGAAACAGAACGUAGAACCUGAAAGAGCAGAUAACAUAAGGGCAGCUGUUUAUCAGGAGUGGUUAGAAAAGAAAAAUGUGUAUUUACAUGAAAUGCACAGAAUUAAAAGGAUUGAAAGUGAAAACCUAAGGAUCCAAAAUGAACAGAAAAGAGCUGCUAAGAGAGAAGAAGCAUUAGCAUCAUUUGAGGCCUGGAAGGCUAUGAAGGAAAAGGAAGCAAAGAAAAUUGCUGCCAAAAAAAGACUUGAGGAGAAAAACAAGAAGAAGACGGAGGAAGAAAAUGCUGUGAGGAAAGGAGAAGCACUUCAGGCGUUUGAACGAUGGAAAGAGAAAAAGAUGGAAUACUUUAGAGAGAAAAAUAAAAAGGAGAAAGAAUAUGAAAGAGCGAAGAAGCAGAAAGAGGAGGAAACUAUUGCUGAGAAAAAGAAAGAUAACUUAACAGCUGUUGAGAAAUGGAAUGAAAAGAAGGAUGCUUUUUUCAAAGAAAAGGAGAAAGAGAGAAUAAAUGAGAAAAGACGAGAAGAACUGAAAAAAGCAGAGAAAAAAGAUAAAGACAAACAGGCUAUUGAUGAAUAUGAAAAGUGGCUGGAAAAGAAAGAAAGGCAGGAAAGGAUUGAGCGAAAACAAAAGAAACGUCAUUCUUUUCUUGAAAAUGAGGCACUUCCUCCCUGGAGCCCUCCAAGUCGAACUGUGUUCUCAAAAGUGUUUUGAUAAUUCUCAUUCUUACAUGAUGUAGUUAUUUAUCAAUUCACUAUUUUAACCAUGGGUUUAAAACUGUUGAUUCAAUUAGUUAUAGUUAGAAGAGUCUAUUUUAUUAAAUGCCGGCCAUUUCCACUGCAUAAGAUGCUUUGGAGUUAAUCAGUGAAAUAAUUGAAGGCAUUUUUUUGGACUGUGGAUAAGCUGCCUCAAAUGAGAAACUAAUAAUCAGAUCACACUUGCCAUUAAAAUAACUCUUUAUCAUGUCCUUGCAGUUGUUACAAUCAGAUGACCCAUGACCACUUUCAGCCAUGCACGGUAGCGAAGUGUGUGUAUUCCCCAGAAUAAAAAGGAAACCAUUUAGGUACGACAAUCAUAGAAAUAAUUGAAUCAUUCUGUGAAUGAUUGUGCAUCUAGAUUCAGGUUUUAGAAGGAGUCAUUGCUGGGAGUACGCACGUAUUAUUUUUUCCAAAACUGAUCUUUAACUUGAGCGGUUGCACUUGCACUAUGCAAGUUACAAUUUUGGUCAGGUGAGGCAGUAGUUCAGUAGAACUCUAAUCUUCCAGGCAUUUUAUUUAAGAAGUAUGCCUUAUGUUUUAAUAUGGGAUUGCAUCUGUCCCAGAUUUCCAUGACAAUCUUAGGCACUUUAAAGUGAGUAGACCUCUCAAAUGUGUCUUCUAAAUUCUAUUUCAUUUUAUUAUUUUGGUGGCAUCAAAAGAUAUCCAUUUCUUGGCAGUGAUAUACUCACACAAUAGUGAUGGAAAUUCCACAGGAGUUCAAGGUCAUUAUCACUAUUAUUAUUAUUUUCCAGACUUAAGCCAUAUAGGUGAUAAAGGCAAUUUUUGAUCUCUUAGCCUAUUCCAGAGUCUUAUAGCUUAUAUUUAGAAGACAGCUGUAUAGGAAGGUAACUUGUAGAAAGUGCCCAAAGAAUCUUUAUUUAUUUAUUUGAUCUGUGCAUAUCUUUAUAUUUGGACUCAUACUUGAACUGGUCAACUAAUUUAUCAUAGACCAAAUGUAUGCUUUCAGAGCUGAAAUACUACUUUAGCCAAUGAUGCAAUGCAAUAUAAUUACUAUUGGGUGAGAAUAUAAUUACUAUUUCUUAAGCACCUAUUGUAUGCUCUCUCCUGGGUCUUUACAAAUGUUAAUUCUUUGCAAUAACUAAUCCAUGUAGGUGAUAUUUUGCAGAUAAAAAAUACUGAGACUCAGAGAAAUAACUUGCCAUACAUUUAGCAUGUGAUAGUGGGGAUUAGAAUUGAGUAAGUCUUCCUCCCUCCAGAAUCAAUAGGCUCAUUUUUAUGCUCUGUAUUAUAUCAACUUUACAAACACAUUUUACCUCUCAGAUCCUAAAAUCAUGCAUUGCUAACUAGAGCUUAUAUUUCCUUUUAAGAAAUAUCUGUAUGUUAUUAGAGAUGGUCAACUUCAUUAGAUCUAUAAAAUGAAAGAAGAUUUCAUAAUAUUAAGAGAAUUAGUCAAAUGCCUUAUAUGUAGUAUUAGAAUAUCAGGAAACCCAGCAGGUAGUGGAACAUGGCAUUUGAGAUACUCAGAAGGCCUCACUCUGAGGAUUGAGUUGGCUGCUAUGCGUGUUCAAGAUAAAAAAGGUGUAAAGGAUCACUGGGUCACAUCAGUGUUACAGAUUUUUUUUAAAUUAUAAACAAACCUGGAAGCCUUUUUAUACUGUCAGGAACUAGGAGAAUACUUCAUGAAAUUGAAACUAUUAUCAUCAGUGUGUAUUAUCAGCAUGAGAUUUAGCUCCUCUCUUUUUCACCAAAUAUAUAUAUAUUUGUAUAUACAUAUACAGUGUCUACCAGAAUGAAUCAUUGUUUAUGGUAUCUAAUUAGCUAUUCAGAGCUAAGGAGGUAUUUGCAAGUUCCAGGGAAAUAAAAGGAGAAAACGUCAGGGAUAUGAGAUCCUAAAUGUAUAUGUCAUAAAUUUCACAUUAAAUAUUCACUUACACUUCCCAAUUGUUUUCUUCAUCAUGUCAUAUUUAGUGGCUUGCUAUUAUUGCUUCCUAGUUGUGGGAGCACUGAAUGAAAUUAGUAAUAUAAAGCAUAAGGCACAUAAUAAGGACUUAAUAAAUGUUCAUUUUCAUUUGCUUACUUCCAAUAAGCCCUGCAUUUACCCACUUCACGUAUGUGAGGAAAAGGUCAACACAGAUGGGGUUGAUAAUGGUUAUUUGACUUAUACGUUUUUAGCAUACGAGAAGAAACCACCACUUUCCUGGCCAGUCGAGCACUCAGAAGAGAAUCUGGAGGUUAGUUGUAUUAGAGACCUCCUAAAAAGAGAUCUAAAGAAAUCUAAAUCUUAGCACUGUUUGUGAAGUAGGAUGAAGUGCAAAACUGAGGUGUUCGUGAAGACCCAGCAAUUCAUUUCUCUCAAAUGGGAGAUUUUCUACUCACUGUGAUAAAUAAUAAAUUAUUUCCUGCUUACAGUAACAUGUGCUAAUCAGUUAUCUAGUUGAAUGAAAUCCUCUCUCCUUCCUGCAACAAAAAUAAGGCCGAGUUUUAAGAGCUGGGUGAAAGUAUUGUUUACUUUCUGAGAUCCCAAGGAAAGAAUCCAACCUGAUAAUAUCCUCUUGAAUGUGUUUAUCUAUUUAAGGGGUACGAUUUUCCCAUAUAUCCUUAAAAGUAUCAAAUGUCAAUACAUUUUCUCAUCAAGUUUUCAUUAAUUUAUAAUAUGAGGGAAUUCAAAUUAAAGACACUAAAAGCCUGUAGAUUUUCAGAUUAAACUUCUAGUUUUAUAAAUUGUAUUGAUGACUUGAAUGUUGACACUUCAAAGUAAGGAAGGUAAGAAUUUAAUGAAUAUUUUACAUGACUGAAAACAACAAUUUCCCUAGAAAUUGACAUAUUAAUACAAAAAAUAAAAUUGUAUACAGAAUGUAUUUUCCAUAACAACCAAGAAGACAGUAGUGUUCUAUAAAUAGAGGAAAACUAUAUGGCAUGUUAGAUCAGAAGGAAGUGGCAGUUUUCUUAAAGAAAAUAAGAACUAUUCAGGUAUAACAACUUUCUGGUGGUUUCUAUUGCAUCAUGUUUUGAAAAUGUUAGUUCACAUACUGUUCUGAAUAGUAUUGAAACUGAUAGGUCUCACUGUUGCCAAAGCGGUAGUUGAAAAUAGUUAAGUUGUUUGUACCUCGGACUGAUAAAACUAUGUAUCUGGAAUGGUUUUAAUAAUUUAACAAAGCUGGCCCAAAUCUUAUUUCUAAGUUGAACAGGACUACUUUGACUUGCCCAAGAGAGCAAGUCAUGAGAUACUAUGAGAUACCAGAGUUAGAAAUCAGAGGUCCAGUUUUCUAGUUGUAAUCAGCCCACCAUUCCACAAUUUUGAGAUCUAAUAAAACUUUCACAGUUUUAUAACCAUGGUCAUUUUGAUCCUCUCUCCAAUGGUCCCUUAUUCUUCCAGUGCCUUCUCCAUAACUCCACCAGAUCAAAGGUCUCUGGGCACCUCCCCCACUGCUUCAUGGGUAGGGAGUACUGAAGUUUCUUAAGCUCUGAAUCACAGGCUAAGAUGGAAUGGAAAAAAGGAAUUUCUCAAAAUGGGAGAAAUUGCAUGUUGGUCAAAGUAGUUCCUGAGAAUAAACUAGUACAGAAAACAAAUAUUCCUGAUGUAAUCUUGACUCUGAUCCCAAUAGUGCUUUAUUAAAAGGCAUUUAAACCCAUAUGCUUCCUUUCUAUACAAGGUAAAGAUAUUACCAAUUGUCCUACUUCAUAAGUACAUGGGCUGACAGAAUAAAGAAUGCUAUGUAAAUGCUUAACUAGAGACUUCCCUGAAUUCUUUUUGUUUUAAAAUCUCUGGUGAUUUGAUUAUUUUGAAACACGUUACCUGUAAUUGUAUAAUGUUAACUAAAUUAUUGGUAUUAAAUUUAGGAUGUUUAAGAAUUACUUGAGGAAAUGUAUUUAAUGUCUGCUUUUUAGUAGCAUAUUUCAUG